AUGUGCGACGUGCCUUUCAUCCCAUUCUUCCCCAUCUGUUUCCAAUGCGGCACCGAUCAAAACCCAUGUCAUUGUAAGGAUUCUGCUGCACGAUCGUUGCUGCUGUAUGUACCAGCACCAGUUCAAAUUGAUAUGCACUUCUGGAAUAUACUAACUUCUCCAGGUUGUUUGCUGGCCGGCUUCGAUCUUUUGUGGAUGUGGAUGUACUCAGACAGGACGAGAGUAUGGUUCUUUCCUUUAGUGCUUGUGACUGAUCGAUGCUAA